UGUGGUCGUGUGGUUGGUAUUACUGGUUCACCGAUUUAUAAACCUAUAAACAUAACCUUGUUAUUUUGAAACAUUCACAUUCCAAAAACACUAUUAAAAAAAAAAUGGAAGAAAUUACAGACGACGAACUGGAAAAUGUAGAAUCCAAAUGUUCGCUUUUAUUUAAGAAAGUGAAGAAAUUGGAAAGAGAACUUGACGAAACCAAAAAAGAAUAUACUAAGAUGUCGGCUAAGCUUAAAGAGUUAAAAAGAGCGCGUUGUGACCAGGAAAAUAAGCAGAAAAUCCAAGAAACUAGCCGGAGUCUAGACAGAGAGUGGAUAGAUCGUGAAUUUGAGUGGUCAAACACAUUACGACAACUCUUGAAAGACAAAUUCGGUUUUGAUACCUUUCGCCCCAAACAACUGGCAGCAAUUAAUGCCACACUUUCAAAGAAAGACGUUCUUCUUGUGAUGCCGACAGGUGGUGGGAAGUCGUUGGUGUACCAGCUACCAGCCCUUGUUGAAUCAGGAUUUUCACUUGUAGUGUCUCCUUUAAUUUCACUAAUAGAAGACCAGUUAAUUGGUUUAAAAAAAAUUGGCAUUAAGGCAGCCACUAUUCACGCGAGCACUUCGAAGGAGGAAGUGAAGACUAUUUAUGAACAAAUGCUUGAGAAAAAGUCUUCGUUGAAGUUGUUGUAUGUUACUCCUGAAUGGCUUGCAAAAAGUAAACGAUUUAUGUCAAAUUUGAAAAAGGCGUAUGAAACUAACAGGAUAUCUAGGGUGGCAAUUGACGAAGUUCACUGUUGCUCUACGUGGGGACAUGAUUUUCGGCCUGAUUAUGGAUAUUUAGGACUACUUAGACCAAUGUUAGCUAGAGUUCCUUUUCUGGGUUUAACUGCCACAGCUACAAUGACUGUAUUAACGGAUGUACAAACAAUGUUGAGUUUAGAAAACUGUAUGAUAAUUACAGCUCCAUUUAAUAGACCAAAUUUAUUUUAUAAAGUGCUGCCUAAGCCCUCAUCAAAAGAUGCAAUAUUGGAUUAUCUGGAAAAGUUGUUAAAAGAAGAGUACAACAACCAAACUGGAAUUAUAUAUACAACUACUAUUAGUGAAAGUACUAAUUUAGCUGUAGAGUUGAAAAAUAGGGGUCUCAAAGUAGCCCCAUAUCAUGCACAACUCGAGCCUCACCAAAAAAAGGAAAUCCACAGAAAAUGGUUGGAGAAGAUUUAUCAAGUGGUAGUAGCUACUAUUGCUUUUGGAAUGGGAAUCGAUAAACCAGACGUUCGUUUUGUUAUUCAUCAUGCAAUCCCAAGAAGCAUGGAGAGCCUGUACCAAGAGAGCGGUAGAGCUGGAAGAGAUAGCAAAAAUGCAGAUUGUAUAGUUCUGUUCAGUUUAAAUGACUACUUAAAAAUCCUAACAAUGGUUUCUUCAGUCAUGGAAGAAAAAAAAGCCUUACUAACUCUGGAGUAUUGCUUAGAUCAAACAAGAUGUAGGCGUUCCAUAAUAGCGACACAUUUUGAAGAAGUCUGGGACAAAAGUCACUGUAACAAAAUGUGUGACCAUUGCAGUACCGGCAAUACUGAUUUUGUAUACUACGAUUUAACAAGCAUCUGCGUUGAUGUUCAUCAGUUGAUAGAACAGGCAACGUCAAACGAUGAGAAGCUGACUCUGAAUAAAUUACUCGAUGGUUGGUUUCAAACAGGUCCAAAAAAACUAAGAAUCUCUAAUUUGAAGGUACCAAAAAUGUCUAGGCAACAAGCAGAAGUGGUUUUAGCCUACUUGUUAAUGAAAAAAUAUUUAGCGAUUGAUAAAGGAUACAAUACGUAUUCUACAAUUGCGUACAUCGUGAAAGGUAAAAUGGUGCACGCUGAAAAAAUUGAAAUGUUGUCAGCUGGAAAAUAUGUAGGAAUUCCUAAGAAAUAUCUGGAGAAAGAACGUGAAGAAGAUGAACUUCCAAGGAAAAGGAAAAAAGUUGAUUAAACUCUUUUUUGUAUUUUAAAAAAUGUAAUUUAUUUUUUCAAAUAAAAGUAACACGUGACAGCUGAUGACACGUGGUUA